GGAGGAAGGCCUAGCCCAAUAGACAGAAAACAAGGGGCGUGCGGACUUGUCGUGUUGGUCGCGUCGCGUCCUCUCCUGAUCCCCUUUUCCUUCGCCCGUUUGACAUCCGCAGAAAAGAAAAGGGAAAUCCUCCGAUCGAAAUCAUCGAACCGUCUCUUCUACAUCGAUCGAAAAGAGAAGAGGAGCGGCGGCGAGAUCCAAUUCCAAUCGAUCCUUGUGCUGCUGCUGCUGCUGCGCUCGACGAUCCCAUCCGGAUCUCGAUGGCGGCCAUGGCUCGCCAUCUCCCUGCUAUUCUUCUUCUCUCGUCGGCGCUGCUCCUCGCCCUUGCCUCCGCCUCCGCUUCCGCUGCUGCUCCGGCGCUGGCCGCCUUCGUCGAUGCCGCGUCGCGCCGCUACCUGCGGGAUCAGCAACACCACGACCAGGCCGCUUCAAUGUCACUAGACCAAGUUUCUGCGGCUGUUUCUGUCUUGCUUGGUUUUGCACCACCACCCUCGCUACCUGCACAAUCUUCUUCAAAGUUAGACAAGCUGUUACUCCCUAACCCAUUUGACAGACCACGGGCUGUUUUCUUGCUGCAAAUCGAUGGAUUCCAUGCCUCCGUUGAAAGCAUCACAUCUGAAGCUGGUAGCAUCUUCAAAACCACUAUUGAUGGUCUAAGCGAUUCUGCUACAGGGCUUACAGAUAAGGAUGAUCUAGUUAUUGUUCAUUCAGAUGAAUCUCCAGCUGUUGAUUCAGGUUCUGAGUAUUUUGAUAGUGAUCUCACUGACUUGGCAAACUGGCUUGGUGGGUCCUAUGAGAAGGUUGAUGGCAAAUUGAUCAUUCCCUUGGAGAGUGGAGAAAGUCUUACUUUGCUUAUUACAAAGGAAGCAGACAUGGAAUUUGCAUCCAGCUUGAUCUCCCUUCGUAAAACUAUAAAAAGGGGUAUUCAGGUUCAUGAAGAUUUCUCAGGAGGUGUCAUGAGCCCUGCAGAGUUAUUAGUAUGCCACUUCAAAGGCAUUAAGGCUUUGGAAGAAGAAUAUGGUUCCACAGAAAUUGUUAAGCAGGGAACUGAUGUAGUCCGGACAGCUGUCACCAAAGCAUUUGAUUUACUACGUGGAGCAUAUAAUGGAAAAAUUGUUGGGUUAGUAAUAUCCACAAAGGAGGCUUCACCAUCCUUAGUGGGUCCAGCAUCUUCACUGCACAUUUCGAGAUGGCUAAAAGAGACAAGCCAAACUAACACUACAAUAGCCUCUUCUGAGAUACUUGUUAGAAAGAGUUUGGCAUGGAUUACAGGGAUCAUUCUUCUUGUCUCUACUCUCAUUGGGGUUUGCUUGCUUAUGAAUAUGCCACUUACCAGGGACACCCUCCUGUAUUCGAAUGUGAAGAUCGAUUAGAUGGAAUUAGGAGGGAGGGAGAGAGAUUAGCACAUUGAUGGUUGUAAUUUCCAUUUUCACACGCUGCGUGGCCUUUAUGGGAUGGUUUUGACCUUUUUGUAGGCCAUAUAUGUUUGACAUAAAAAUUGUGCUUCUGUGUGGGUCAGCCCGGCCGGAAUGCAAAACCUUGUUUGUGAAUUGUCACUGCCUGUACGGGGCCCUUGUUUUUUGGUUAUAAAUAAAUAAUCCAGAGGAGCCUCUGAUAAUUGUUCCAUAA